AUGAUUAGCAAAAGGCAUUAUCAACCCCUCGCUCCCAUGGGAUGCGAUCAUGCGAUGCCCGAGUAUAAGCACUAUACAUCUUCGGCAGAAGAAUUCCUCAAAGAGGAAGUCUUUAGUCUUGGGGCGUCCCCAGGUCUGCGUUCAUUACCUCCAGGCCCAGAACGUGAUUUCCUCACUCUAUCAUGGGGUCCCAUUCUAUACCGCACAUCCUACGCCCCCGAUACCAAGCGUCUCCUCCCGGUAUUCCUACGAUGCCUGAACGACGCCGUGGGUCAAUCGUUGCGUCGCACCCUGACCGGCACCGAUGAGCAAUUCCGCAUCCUCACAGAGACGUACUCGUCCAAAUUUUUCAAUUCACGCGAUAUGUUCGCCGAUAUGAGCGAGGAGGGGAUUCGUCAGGUGUUUCAUGAGUUCAAGGUGGCGCUGGCGAUACCUGAGACAGAACUCCCGAGCAGAUUGCGUGUCUGUUUAAUGGUUGAUGACAAGGUGUUGUCGCAUUUGAAGAAUGUUUUGGACGCCUCCUCCAUGGUUGGAGGGGAUGUCGAUUUGGGGAGUUGCUGGGUGAAGGUCGUUGAGGAGAACUUCCCUGACUCGCGAAUGAGCGACCAUCCACAGGUUGAUAUUGAUGGUGUAUCUGAUUGUGUCAAGAAGUAUAGGGGAGCCUAUCAUGGCUGGACAACGGUGGCUCUUGAUGCGUUAGUAGAGGUUUUCGAUGGGCUAAGGCAACUCAAAUCGUUGGUUGAUUAUCAUCGCGAGGGUCGGAUUUAUUUGGGAGAAGGCGAGUGGAGCAAAUCUUGA